AUGGACGAUUCUUACGAGAACGACUCCGACUACGAUUAUGGCUACGACGAGGGUAUCACCCCCGAGGAUUGCUGGACUGUGAUUUCGUCCUUCUUCGAGACAAAGGGUCUUGCAUCACAGCAGACCGACUCGUUCGACGAGUUCACACAAAGGACUGUCCAGGAUCUCGUCAACGAGUAUGCCGACAUCUCCCUCGAUCAGCAGAACCCCCCCUCGUCUUAUGGAGUGCCGAUCGCUCUUCGCCGAUACGAGAUCAAGUUUGGAAGUGUCAUGGUUUCACGUCCGUCCAUUAGUGAGACAGACGGUACCGUUGCUUCCCUUUUGCCCUACGAAUGUCGCGACCGAAACCUGACCUAUUCCUCACCGGCUUACAUCAAGAUCACCAAAAAGGUCAGCGUUGCUAUCGACAAAGAGAUCCCUCUACAUGAGAUGGAUGAGGAGCAGCAAGCAGAGUACAAGCGAACCGGAGAGCACCCUACAAAGCUUCAUUGGGAAGUCGAGGAGGACGGUGAUAGCAUGAAAGAAGGCCAGCCAAACAUGAUCUUUGUGGGCAAAAUGCCCAUUAUGGUCAAAUCCAAAAUUUGUCAUCUGAGCCAACAUACCGACGAAGAACUGUUCACUCUUAACGAGUGUCCUUACGAUCAGGGUGGUUACUUCGUUAUUAACGGCAGUGAGAAGGUUCUGAUCGCUCAGGAGCGUUCUGCCGCCAACAUUGUUCAGGUUUUCAAAAAGGCCCAGCCCAGCCCUUUCACCUACACCGCUGAGAUUCGAAGUGCACUUGAAAAGGGUUCGCGUCUUAUAUCAAGCUUGAUGAUGAAGAUUUUGGGCAAGGGAGACUCUGCCCGUGGUGGUUUUGGCCAGACUAUCCAGACCUCACUACCAUUCGUCAAGUCGGAUCUUCCUGUUGCUAUCGUUUUCCGAGCUUUGGGUGUGGUAUCUGACGAGGAUAUUCUCAACCACAUUUGCUACGAUAGAAAUGAUAGUCAGAUGUUGGAAAUGCUUCGUCCGUGUAUCGAGGAAGCUUUCUGUGUUCAAGACAGAGAAGUUGCGCUCGACUUCAUCGGCAAGCGUGGAAACAGAGACCAGGCCAGUCUUGGCCGUGAGAAGCGUGUCCGUGUCGCAAAGGACAUCCUCCAGAAGGAGACACUGCCCCAUAUUUCCCAGUCAGAGGGUAGCGAGACCCGCAAGGCGUUCUUCCUGGGUUACAUGGUGCACAAGCUUCUUCAGUGUGCGCUCGGUCGUCGUGAACCGGAUGAUCGUGAUCACUUUGGAAAGAAACGACUCGAUCUUGCUGGUCCCUUGCUGGCAAAGCUCUUCCGUGGCAUCAUAAGACGAAUGAACCAAGAGCUCUCCAACUAUCUCAAGCGCUGCGUCGAGAGCAACAGAAACUUCAACCUGAAUGUUGCCAUCAAGCCAGGAACCUUGUCCAACGGUCUCAAGUACUCACUGGCCACUGGUAAUUGGGGAGACCAGAAGAAGGCUGCAAGCUCAACAGCUGGUGUCUCCCAGGUGCUGAACAGAUAUACAUUUGCUUCCACUCUUUCGCAUUUGCGACGUACCAAUACGCCCAUUGGACGUGAUGGUAAGCUUGCGAAACCUCGCCAGCUGCACAACACUCACUGGGGCUUGGUGUGCCCUGCUGAGACGCCUGAAGGUCAGGCCUGUGGUCUGGUCAAGAACUUGUCGCUCAUGUGCUAUGUAAGCGUGGGCUCCCCAGGCGAGCCUUUGAUCGAUUUCAUGGUCAGCCGAGGUAUGGAAGUCGUUGAGGAGUAUGAGCCGACAAGAUACCCUCACGCAACCAAGGUUUUCGUUAACGGUAGUUGGGUCGGUGUUCACCCUGAACCUAGGGCAUUGGUAAACAGCGUCUUGGAAACACGACGAAAGUCUUAUCUCCAGUUCGAAGUCUCUCUUGUUCGUGAUAUCAGAGACCGCGAAUUCAAGAUCUUCUCCGACGCAGGCCGUGUCAUGAGACCAGUCUUUACCGUGCAACAAGAGGAUGACUACGAGACUGGCCUCACCAAGGGACAGCUGGUAUUGACAAAGGAUCUUGUGAAUAAGAUUGCCCAAGAGCAAGCAGAGCCACCUUCCGACCCAUCAGAGAGGAUUGGUUGGCAGGGACUGAUUCGUUCUGGAGCUGUCGAGUACAUUGAUGCCGAAGAGGAGGAGACCGCUAUGAUUUGCAUGACGCCUGAAGAUCUCGAAAUCUAUCGUGAACAGAAGCGUGAUGAAGUCAACUUAACAGAAGAAGAGAAGCAGGCCAAGCUAGAGGCAGAGAAGAGGGAACAGGAGGAAGAGCGCAACAAGCGCUUAAAGACAAAGGUCAACCCGACAACUCACAUGUACACGCAUUGUGAGAUUCAUCCCAGUAUGAUUCUGGGCAUUUGUGCCAGUAUCAUUCCUUUCCCCGAUCACAAUCAGUCUCCUCGUAACACAUACCAAUCUGCCAUGGGUAAACAGGCCAUGGGUUUCUUCUUGACAAAUUACUCUCGACGUAUGGAUACUAUGGCCAACAUUCUAUACUACCCGCAAAAGCCUCUCGCCACUACACGAUCCAUGGAGUUCCUCAAGUUCCGUGAACUGCCAGCCGGUCAAAAUGCCAUCGUUGCAAUUGCCUGUUACUCAGGAUACAACCAGGAAGAUUCCGUCAUUAUGAACCAGAGCAGUAUUGAUCGAGGUCUGUUCCGCAGUCUGUUCUUCCGAUCAUACUCGGACCAGGAGAAGAAGGUCGGUCUCAACUACACAGAAAUCUUCGAGAAGCCCUUCCAACAAACAACACUCCGAAUGAAGCACGGAACAUAUGACAAGCUUGAUGAGGAUGGUAUUGUGGCCCCUGGUGUACGAGUGUCAGGUGAAGAUAUCAUCAUCGGCAAGACUGCACCAAUCGACCAGGAGAACCAGGACCUGGGAACACGAACUCAGACACAUCAGCGUCGUGAUAUCUCGACACCUCUGCGAAGCACGGAGAACGGUAUUGUUGAUCAAGUCAUCUUGACAGUCAACGCCGACAACGUCAAAUACGUCAAGGUUCGAGUGCGAACAACCAAGAUCCCCCAAAUUGGUGACAAGUUCGCUUCUCGUCACGGUCAAAAGGGUACAAUCGGUGUUACCUAUCGACAGGAGGAUAUGCCUUUCAGCAGAGAGGGCCUGACUCCUGACAUUAUCAUCAACCCUCACGCUAUUCCGUCUCGUAUGACAAUUGCCCAUUUGAUUGAGUGUCUUUUGAGUAAGGUCUCAACACUGGAGGGUAUGGAGGGCGACGCAACACCAUUCACUGAUGUCACCGUCGACUCCGUGUCAGAUAUUCUGAGAAAACACGGUUAUCAAUCUCGAGGUUUUGAGGUCAUGUACAAUGGUCACACCGGACGUAAGCUCCGUGCUCAAGUCUUCUUCGGACCUACAUACUACCAACGUCUUCGUCACAUGGUGGACGACAAGAUCCACGCUCGUGCCCGUGGUCCCGUUCAGAUUAUGACCCGACAGCCUGUCGAGGGUCGUGCUCGAGAUGGUGGUCUGCGAUUCGGAGAGAUGGAACGUGAUUGCAUGAUUGCUCACGGUGCUGCUGCCUUCCUGAAGGAGCGUCUAUUUGAGGUGUCGGAUGCUUUCCGAGUCCACGUUUGCGAAAUUUGUGGACUCAUGACGCCAAUUGCCAACCUUUCUAAGCAGUCUUUCGAAUGCCGACCUUGCAAGAACAAGACCAAGAUUGCUCAGAUUCAUAUUCCCUAUGCCGCCAAGCUGCUCUUCCAGGAGUUGCAGGCCAUGAACAUUGCCGCCAGAAUGUUUACCAACCGAUCCGGAGUUUCAAUCCGUUAA